UUUACGACUCAUGCGUGUUAUUUUUUUGAAUCCAUCAUAGUAGGCCCUUCUUUCAAGCAGUUCGGUUUUGUUUGGUUUAAUUUACUGUUGCGCGUGUUUUUGUUAUUCUCUAACUGAACGAGAAUCAAUUUCUGGAACACCAUGUCCGUUAUCAAAGGUAUAAACUUUCCGCUGGAAGUGGGUACCAGAGACGCGAAUUGCACGAUCUGCCACGAGAAGCUGAAUUGGGCAGUGUUUUGCCCUCGCUGCCAGCAUGGCAAUUGCUUCCAGUGCCUGAAAAAAUGGCACAAUGUAAAGCGGGAAUGCCCAACUUGCAGGUAUACGGUCCAGCUAGCAGGAACCGAAGAGGUGCGCCAGCGCUACGGAUGCGCACAGGAUGGUAAUCUCGUGGAAUAUUACUGCGAGCAAUGUUUGGUGUGUUUCUGCGGAAAAUGCUACUCGAAUCCUUCCAAUGUUCACUACAAGCAUGCGGUGAGAAUGGUUGAUGUUCUUCGGAAGGAUAUCAUGCAAUUGAUUAAUUCUAAUGUCUUUGCCGAUAAUUCUUUGGUUCUGAUUAAGUCAAUAAUGGGAACGGGAAGCCCGCAUGAGAUUGUGCGGCAACGACGAGUCCUACUAUCGAUACUGGAUCACUCAAAUAUUGUGUUGCCUUCGAAAAUGUUCGAAAAAAGCAUUAAAUUAGUUAAUGUGAAUGUGGAAAAGCAGGUCUUCUCCGCCACCGAUUAUAACGGAAAUGUUUGGGAACUGACGGUUUACCCAAACGGUUUCAGUGAUGGCAAAGGCAAGUUUAUUAGCCUUUAUCUGAGACUGAUCAAAGGUAUCCCGACUCGUUAUGAGUAUUGUUUUAAAAUAUUCGACAAAAAUGGAUACCAACCGAUGGAAACUUACAGUGCAGUCGACGACUUCGACAUCGGAAGUGAAUCUUUGGCCUGCCAACGGUUGAUUCACAUAAACGAAGCAUACGGCAAGUGUCUCUCGACAGCCGGUUACAACAUGGCCUUUUCCGUUAAACCUACGAAUCCUAAUUAUAAAGAAGAAUGCGCCGCUGCCUUGUUGCGGAACAAACAAGUACGGCUAGCAUAUAACACGUUCUCGUGGACUUUGAAAAACUUCGAGGUGAAAAAGCUCGCAAACAAGAUCGAGUUUUCUCCCGUUGUGUUCGAUCAACAGAAGAUCUCCUGGAGACUUCGCGUUGAUUGCAAUGGCCACUGGGAGCAGGGCAUGUACGUCAGCGUAUUUUUGGAGCUGCUGGAUGGUGCAAAAGGAUGGUUUGACAUAUUCAUCAAACUUUGUAAUCCGCUCGCACCUGCGCAGCAGCAUAUGCGUGAGCUGACACACGAAUUCACGGUCCACUCCAACUGGGGAGUGCCGCACUACGUGAGACAUACCGAACUGUAUCGCUAUUUGCACAACGAUGAGCUGCGAUUCGAGUUUGGAAUACGUCCAGCACACGUCGACCAGGAACAAUGAUUUAUAUUUGAAUUUUCAUUUUAUUUUGUUAUUGAAGACUAGUUGUCAUAAAUAUUUGAUUUAA